UGGGGCUGGCGGCUAGACACGCCCUCACAUGACCUCACUUCCUGCUUCGCACAUUUGGUCAUGUGACGGUGACAUCACGACCUGCUGCAAGCCAUUGGGUUUUACUAUCUAGCGUUGUGUGUAGGAAAGAAGAUGGCUGCUGUGGGAGAGCCCAUUCGCUUGGAGAGAGAUGUGCACAGGGCCAUCGAGCUGCUGGAGAAGCUACAGAGGAGCGGGGAGGUGCCGCCACACAAGCUGCACGCGCUACAGAGAGUCCUACAGAGUGACUUCUGCACCGCCGUCAGGGAGGUUUAUGAACAUGUUUAUGAAACGGUGGAUAUCAGCAGCAGCCCAGAAGUGAGAGCUAAUGCCACGGCGAAGGCUACUGUGGCUGCCUUUGCUGCAAGUGAAGGCCAUUCCCACCCCCGAGUGGUGGAGCUCCCCAAAACAGAAGAGGGCCUUGGAUUCAACAUAAUGGGGGGAAAAGAGCAGAACUCCCCCAUCUACAUCUCUCGUAUUAUUCCUGGUGGGAUUGCAGACCGUCAUGGAGGACUCAAGCGUGGGGACCAGCUGCUUUCUGUUAAUGGCGUGAGCGUGGAGGGCGAGCACCACGAGAAAGCCGUGGAACUUCUGAAAGCCGCUCAAGGGAAGGUGAAGCUGGUGGUCCGAUACACGCCGAGGGUCCUGGAAGAGAUGGAGUCCCGGUUCGAGAAAAUGCGAUCGGCCAAGCGCCGGCAGCAGAACUAGGCAAAUGUGUCGGUAGACACAAGACACAAACUCUGAAUUCCACUAUCCAAUAAAUUUGUAUUGACGUGAGAGGUACCGAGGCGCUGCUCCUUCCAGGCCCACCCUGUGCAGGUCUGCAGCCCCCCCCCCCCCCCCACCCACCACCACCACUACCAGAGCAACUGGUGCUUCUCGUUUUGCACACGGAGUCUCAAUACCCAACCAGUCUUUCUAACGUAACGUUUACAGGGCAGUUUUUACUUACCCUCCUUUUUUUAAACCUCAAGAGAAUUUUAAAACAUUUUUAAUACAGUGGCGUAAUCCUAGGUUUGUAACGGCAAUCUUUGUACUAUUGCGAUCCUCCAUUGUCCUGUGCUUAUCUGUAUGGUGCAAGGGGCUCACGUCCCUCAGCGGGGGGUCUGUCUAUAAGUGGGUGCAGGUUAGUAGCUGGGCAGAUACUAUAGCGCAUCACAUUUGUGAUGUAAAGUGCAAUGUUCUCAUUAAGAUUGUCUUGUUAAUUGAAUUGUCACAGACCUGCGUAAUGUGAAUCUGAGCAACCGAAACCCAAAAUAUAUCCUGUAGAAUCAUUAGCCUGUCUGUCUUAAGCAAAAAUGUGGGCAGCUUGAAAACACGCACACAGAAAGUUCUUUCUGCUUUGACUGCAGAUACUGUUGGCGCCACUGGGUGGCAGUAUAACGACAGCGAAAUACACUACAAUGUCUUAGCCCCAGGGAUCUGCAUUUGUAUGGGAAAUGUUUUGUUAGAAAAUGCUGCAGUCCCUUUCCUUUCCUCUAGAGGGCAGUGUUUGUUUAGCUUUAUUCUUUUUAACAUUAUAAUUCACAAUAGAUUUAAGGCUAGAAAAGGCCCUAUUGAGGGGGAUUUGAUUAUUUAAUAACCUGGUUGUGUGUAUACGUUCAUGAAGCUAUCCCUAAAGCAGCUUUUAAAUAGCAAAUAUAUUGUGUUUAUGGUGUGUUUAUAUGGCAUUUAUGUUACUUGUUUUGUCUAUUUGCAUCUGUUCAGAAUGCGGGAGAUGCUGUUUUGCUUCCCUGUCCCCAAAAGCAUUUUUCAUUGCUCGGUAGAGUGGCGACAUAGCUUGGCCAGGGCAGUUUGCCUCUAGCCCUUGGGCUUAUUGCCCUCACUCCAGUUACCAUACACCAUAUAGACUGAGGAAUGGGCAAGCUCAGAACAGUACACAGUAGUAGUAGUAGUUCACCUUUAAAGUAACUUUACAAUUGGUCUUCUUUAUUUUUUUUUAAUUCAAUUAUUUGCGUUCCUAGUCUGUUUCGUUCCAGCUUUCAAAUGGGGGUCACUGACCCCGGCAGCCAAAACACUAUUGCUCUGUGAUCUCAUAAUUUUAUUGCUAUUUAUUUUUAUUACUUAUCUUUCUAUUCAGGUCCCCUCCUAUUCUUAGUCCGGUCUCACUACUGUCUGGUUGCUGGGGUAAAUAAGACCCUAGCAACCAGAUAGCACUUGAAAUACCAAACUGGAGAGCUGCUGAACAAAAAGCUAAAUAACUAAAAAAAAAAAAAAAAACUAUGACAUAAACAAAGACCAGCUGCAAAUGGUCUUAGCAUAUCAAUGUCUACAUGAAACCAAAAGUUAAUUUAAAGGUGAACAAGCCCUUUACCAGCAGUUGUACUGAGCAUUACUGAAAGGCAAGGAAUAUGGCAGUCUCCUAUGGGUACGACAAGACAACUUCUCAGGAUGGAGAGAGUAGGUUGCAACCGUAGGUACUAGACUUUUUAAGGGCUUCUAUUUUAUUUAUUUUUUUUUUAAGGACUGGUAACAGCAAAAAAGGGGCUUGAUAUUUGGUGUUACUUACCCUUUAAUGCUGUGGCUUGUGACAUAUUCCCUUUCCCAGGCAGCCGGAUGAUAUAGAAACUUCCCUUUAUCUGGUCACGUGGCGGCUGCAAUAAACACCGGGCAAAGUACUUUCUUUCUAAAGUGGGGUGAGUGGCGCUGAGCUCGGCCAGACGUCUGCCCGUGUGUUUGCCGCCAACUGAUUAGAAUCUUCUCGUAAUCAAUGAAACUCCAUUCAGGCACUUGGCUAGAUCCAUUCGGGGUUUGAUUGCAUCAGCCCGUGUAAAUGA